GAUCGGUUGGGGGUCACAGCAUUAAAAAGGUUGAGAAUCACUCCUCUAAUUUGACCCACUUCCCAUAUUUUUGAAUACAAUCUAUAUGGGGAAAAGAAAUGUCACAUUUUAAGAAAAUGGCAUUAGAUUGCAGUCUUAGUAGAAAGAAAUUUGAAUAAAACUUUGUGUUACUGUGCUUAGGAUUUCACAAUAGAAAGCAGAGAAUACAGAAUAAUAGGAGCCUUGGAUUUCAAUCCCCUGCUUGAGCAGGAGACUUUUCCAGACAUAUGACUGUCCAAUCUCUUCUUAAAAACCUCCAGUGAUGGAGCACUCACAAUUUCUGAAAGUCAUUCCUCUGAUUAAUUGUUCUCACUGCAGGAAAUUUUUCCUUAGUUCUAGGCUGGAUCUCUUUUUGAUAAGUUCCCAUCUGUUACUUAUUCUGGAUAUAGUAUUCCAAAUAUAGUCUUACCAAAGCUUUACUAAUACUCAGUUUGUUCCAUUACUGCUAAUAAAUUACUGAAUGGAAUAAAUUCUAAUGGCUGCAAUUACAUUUUUUUUUUUUUUUUUGUAAAAUACUGGACAGACUACAAGAUUUAUUAUCUCUAAUAUAUUGCAUGGAUGGAGAAUUCAUCUCUUAGUAUCGAUAAACGCGGGCGAGGGGGAGACAGGAUGCUUCGAAUCAAUUAAAAUCACAGAAUAGCGAUUGGCUGCGGUAGGAGGAAAAGAGACCAAUCAGAGUUGUGCUGUUAUUGUCCAAUCACGGCAGAGCCCGGGAAAUUCAAACAGGGUUAACGACUUCACUCUCAGCCAAUAAGACGAAGGGACGCUGCCUAUAAAUACCCACCAGCUCGGCCGCCAAAUUCAUUCACCUGAAUUCUUAGCGAGUGAGUUUUCCUUGUUUGAAGGAUGGCCAGAACCAAGCAGACGGCUCGGAAAUCCACCGGUGGCAAAGCGCCAAGGAAGCAGCUUGCUACUAAAGCAGCUCGCAAAAGCGCUCCCGCCACCGGAGGCGUGAAAAAACCUCACCGUUACCGUCCUGGCACUGUGGCUCUCCGGGAGAUCCGGCGCUACCAAAAGUCCACCGAGCUGUUGAUUCGUAAACUCCCUUUUCAGCGCUUGGUGCGUGAAAUUGCUCAGGACUUCAAGACCGACCUGCGUUUCCAGAGCUCGGCCGUGAUGGCCCUUCAGGAGGCGAGCGAGGCUUAUUUGGUGGGUCUAUUUGAAGAUACUAAUCUCUGUGCCAUCCACGCCAAGCGAGUCACCAUCAUGCCCAAAGACAUCCAGUUGGCUCGCCGUAUCCGCGGCGAGAGAGCUUAAAUUGUUCGCCUGACUCGGAGGAGACUUCG